CCCAUUUCAAAAACCGGUAUCCGGCAGGCGAUCCAUAGGCCCCGUUGCUCCUUCACGGCGAUUCCCUGGCGGCGCUCUUCAAUUUCCAGGUCUCUUUCUCUAUCUGUCUCCAAAUUCUGAGCGUGAGCUAUCAUUUUCUACGGUGUUUUACGGAUUGGGUUCAUACACCAUUUCAAAUGAAAGCCACAUUCUUUGAGCUGUUAGUGAAAAUCUACUUCAGAAACCGAUCUGUUGCACAAUAGGGUUUAUGCGUUUAGUUACCACAGUUCAACUCAGACCUCCAUUGUUGUUUUUGAAUUGGGGCUUGUAAGGUUCAAAACAAAGGAAGAGGAGAAAAGAACUAAAAAUAAAAAUGAGUGAAUUUGGUGGGGGAUCUGAUCCUCCAUCUCCCCCUAUUUCAAUCACCUCGUCUGAGUCGUCCAUGAGCAGUGGCUUUGAUGCUAAUCGAAUUGCAGAGGUGAAGGCAUGGCUCGUUUCGCAGUUUGAUGCAGCCGGGAAAGACGUGCCAGAUUUCGAGUACACUCCCCGGAGCAUCUCUCACUUGCACAAUAUAGCCACCCUUUCGCAGGCCAAAACUCAGGCGGCCACCAUUGUGGCCGGUGAUUUCCGUCAGAAGGCUGCCGAGUAUCGUUCUCAAGCUGCUAGGAUAAGAGAGAUACUAGAGCAUGUGGGAUUGGCACAAGAGAGUUUGCCGUCGAAUGUGGUGUCGUCUUCCCAAGUUCUUGCGAAUGUUGCAAAUCUGUUGAAUAUUAGGGAUACAGAACUAAGUAGUUUUCUUGUGGCAAUGGCGGAUCUAUCCCUGAGAAAAACGGCAGUAGAAGAGAAAAGAGCCAAAGUACAGAAGGAGUCCAAGGAACUUCUCGACUAUACUCGAAAGGCAAUAGCAAGAUUGACUUAUUUGAAAAGAACACUUGCACAAUUGGAGGAUGAUAUAGCUCCUUGUGAAGCUCAAAUGGAACACUGGAAAACAAAUUUGGCCAUAAUGGAAUCAAAGGAAAGACAGUACCUGCAGCAGUAUUCUAAUUAUAAGGCAUUGCUCAAUCGUGUGGGAUAUAGCCCUGAGAUUAGUCAUGGGGUGUUAGUUGAAAUGGCUGAGCACCAGAAGGACCUGGAGAAGAAAACAAAACCAAUACUCGAGACACUUAGAAGCUACCAGGAUUUACCCCCGGACAAGGCAUUGGCAGCACUUGCUAUUGAGGACAAGAAAAGGCAAUUUGCUGCUGCCGAGAAGUACCUUGAAGAUGUGCUGCAAUCUGCUCUAGCUUCUUCCGAGUGAUUAUCAACUAUAUAUCAAAGGCUGAGUUUCAUCUGGGUCUUGCAUCUAUCUUGGUUAUGGUGUUGUUCUUUUUUUUUUUUUUUUUUU